UAAAGAUGGCCGACCCGAUUUUGAUGUUUUUAUUCGCAAAAUCAAAAUUUAGGCAAAAUAUUGGCUAUUUGGGACGUUAUUGGUUAAUAUUUGUAUUAUUUAUUCAAAUUAUAGUAUACAUAGAUGCUCAACAGCCAUGUGGAAGUGGGCUAUGUUAUGAGGGAAAGUGUCAAAAUGGUACUUGUAUUUGUGACCCUGGCUGGACCGGGGGAGAUUGCACUCACUGUGUGGGGAGAGUAAGAUUAACUGCAAAAAGUGGGUUUAUAAGCGAUGGGUACGGUAAUUAUUCGCUGGACACGAAGUGCACCUGGCUUGUAGACAGCGGAGAGGCAAAUACCAAGAUUCACCUUCAGAUGUUGCAGUUUGCGACAGAAUGUAGCUGGGAUCAUGUAUAUAUCUAUGACGGAGACUCUGUGUUCUCUUCACUUAGAGCUGUAUUAAGUGGUUUAAUCUUAAAACAGAAUGCAGCAAAUUCAUCCAGUCUCCCUGCAAUCACACUUAACACAGGGAAGGCGUACUUUCAUUUCUACAGCGAUGCUGCAUAUAAUAUGAGUGGCUUCAAUAUAUCAUACACCAUUGCUGGAUGCCCCAAAGACUGUUCUGGCCAAGGGACGUGUAAUAUAUCUGUGUGUAUUUGCGAUAGCAAGUGGAUGGGGGAUGCCUGUGACAUUCCUAAGUGUCCCAAAGGAUGCAUCAAUGGCACUUGCGAUACACAGAAAAAUAUGUGUGUAUGUGAACCUGGUUUCAGAGGUAUCGACUGCAGUACACCAGACCGCAAGGGCGUAUGGAUGCCAGAGAUUAGCACAAACACUAUAGGAGGCAGGGCCUCACAUAAAAGUGUCAUAUAUGGUGCUGAUAUCUAUGUUCUCAGUGGAGACAACUUUGGGAAUACACCAUUUGAAAAUAUUGUAAAAUAUAAUAUACCAACUAAAACCUGGGAGACCAUUGAACCUUUAACAGAGGGACCUGCCCAGCGUUACGGGCAUAGUUUAAUCUUACAUGAUGGUGCUAUUUACCUAUACGGAGGUCUUAUAUAUAAUACUAUCUCCAACGAACUCUGGAAAUAUACAAUCAAUGAGAAUACAUGGGAAUUGCUGAACCCAAAAAUGAAUUCUUCGAUUCCGUUAUAUGCAGUCGUAGGCCACACUGCACAUAUUAUUGGGGAUGUGAUGUAUGUUAUAUUUGGACAUUCACCAACCUAUGGCUAUCUUAACACAGUUUUGGAGUUCAAUCUUAAGGGUAAUCUAACAUGGAAGGUUGCGGAGACUACAGGUGCUAUAGUGAAAGGGGGAUACGGACAUUCAAGUGUGUACGAUUCUGAAUCCAAGCUUAUAUAUAUUCAUGGAGGCUACCAUUCACAUUCUGCGACUAAAUAUGUAUUAGCUGAUGACCUGUAUGCUUACGAUCCUGCAAAGAGAACAUGGACAUUUCUACGAAGCAGUGAUCGUUUCCGCUACCUCCACUCAGCGUCUAUUAUAGAUGGCGUAAUGCUUAUAUAUGGCGGGAAUACACAUAACGACACGUCUGCCAGUUCUGGUGCUAAAUGUUACAGCAAUGAAUUCCUGGCUUACAAUAUAAAAUGUGGAAGUUGGUACAGUUUAGAGGGACCAAAACUUGUGGAUGACAUCUCUAGAUUCGGACACACAUCCAACGUACAUGAAGGAGCGAUGUAUAUAUUCGGUGGAUUUAAUGGACUAAUGGAGAACAGCAUGUACAAGUUCCUUCCUGGCAUGUGCAGCAAAUACACCCGCAAGCUGACAUGUCUGAACGCAAUGGAGGGUAAGAAGUGUGUCUAUGUCGAAGGUAUCGGCUGUAAAGAUAAGUCUGAUGUGACAACAUUGCUGAAUGAUAAGGUCAUAUCAACGUUGGAUCAGGCGAUAACACAUGAUGAAGCUACAUGUCCCACUCCUGAACCAGAUGAAUCACAAAGACACUGUAAUCGCUAUGACACAUGUCCAUCGUGUCUCUUGAAUCCGUAUGAGUGUACCUGGUGUGAUGGGAAAUGUACAGCCAGUAAAUGUGACAAUCCACAAAUGCCCAUGUUACAGUCAGUACGUAGUGUGGAUCAGUGUCCAGCCAAGGACAGCUCUAAGUGUUAUACCUUACAUAACUGUCAUGCGUGUAGUUCGGACAGCAACUGUACAUGGAUUGGCCACGAGAAGAUAUGUCAGUAUUCAGGACCAGAGGCGACACAGUCUAACCUAAAAAGCAUCUCCAAUCCACUUAAAUGUCCGGCAGCUUGUUAUACACAUGGCAGUUGCGAGAACUGCACUAAGACAGGCUGCAUGUGGUGCAGCAAUCAGCGGAGAUGUGUUGAGUCAAACUCUUAUGUGGCCUCAUUCCCAUAUGGUCAGUGUAUGGAGUGGACAACACACCCUGAAAAAUGCCCAGCCACACGGUGCACUGAUCUGAAGACAUGUUCAGACUGCCAGAACAACCCCAGAUGUGGAUGGUGUGAUGAUGGGACAAACACAGGGCUGGGAUCCUGUAUGGAGGGUGGCGACACUGGGCCUGUAUGGAGCAAUAACACACAUGUGGAAGAGGAUCGGGAUAAAUGUCCUGCACCUAGAUGGUUCUUCACUGAAUGCCCUGUGUGUCAGUGUAAUGGACACAGUACAUGUAUCCCUGGUACAGACACAUGCCAGGCCUGUGGGAACAACACUGAGGGAGACCAGUGUCAACAUUGCGUGGAUGGUUACUAUGGCAACCCCAGGUAUGGGGGCAAUUGCACGGAAUGUAUGUGUAACGACCAGGCUGACACUUGUGAUAGGGAGUCUGGGAAAUGUUACUGCUUUACUAGGGGCGUCAUAGGAGAUCAGUGUGAUAGAUGUGAUGAGUCUAAUCGUUACUAUGGCAACCCUCGUGGAGGCGGCACAUGUUAUUAUCAGUUGAAUACCAAUUACAUGUUUACAUUCAAUCUGUCUAAGAAAGAAGAUAAACAUGUAGAAGUCAUAAACUUUUUGAACACUCCAAGAUUAUCUGAUCGUGAUCUGGACUUCACUAUUAACUGUUCUGGACCAGCACUUAUCAAUGUGACAUACAGCUCAGCUGACACCGAGAAUCACAGUUUGAUUUACAAAACAUUCAAAUGCCGUUACUUCAAGAUGAAAUUCAGUCACAGGGAUUAUGAAUUCGGGCAGGCGAAAAAUCUCACAUUUUAUGUGUAUGUGUACAACUUUACGACGCCUUUCUGGCUACAGAUUGCAUUCUCACAGAUGCCCUAUCUAGAUCUGUUGACUUUUUUUGCAACGUUCUUCAGUUGUUUCCUGUCACUGCUACUUAUCGCUGCAAUUAUUUGGAAAGUGAAACAACGCUAUGAUGCCUUUAGGAGAGGACGGAGGAUGAUUGUCGAGAUGGAGCAAAUGGCCAGCAGACCCUUCGCCUCCAUGGCUUAUGAGAUUGAACAGUACAAUGAAGUUGGAACUCUGCUUGGAGAGAAGAAAGAAAAUAAUCCCCAGCCUCCUCCUAGCAGGCAUAGAAAAAAACAAACUGUGGCAAAGCCUAGUCCCGUAGCUUUAGAGCCACUGAAUGGUCACAAAGCUGCAGUUCUAACUGUGUUGGUGCGUUUACCUUGUGGUGAUGAAGAUCAUACUCCCCCAGGCACAACUGGGAUAGUAAUGGGCUCAUCUCUGGUCACUCUGGGAUCUCGUAAAGCCAGCAUGGACUAUACAGGCAAGAUAGUAACAAAGAAAAGUGGCUCAAAAGAUACUAAAGACAGCAGUAGCAGUAGUAGCAGUAAUAAAACCAAUGUCCAAGCCACAGGGCCUACCCCUGAUGAGAACUGUUUAUAGAAGCUUUCCACGACUAGAAUAAUAUAGAGAAAUAACUUAAAUCUGUGCUUUCUUGAGAACUGUUUGAAGAGGCUUUAACAGAGAGAACUGUGACAAAAACAGAGAACUUACAGUUGUCCAUGUUCUGUCGCUUUAAAUUUAAGCAGAACUGAUGAAAACUGUGAAUGUAAUCUGGAAACCAUUGGAUAAAACUUAGACAAAUACAGAGGAGUUUCUUUAGUC